UGAUUAUGAAUAGGAAAAUGAAGAGUAGUGUAGUAGGGGUGUGUUGGUUGAUUUUGGUUUUGUUGGAAGCGAUGUGGUGUGAAGGGUGUUGGAAGGAAGAGAGAGAUGCUCUUUUGGUCCUGAAUUCGGGUUUCUCUUUGGAAGGCCCAGACUGUUGUCAAUGGGAAGGAGUGAAGUGCAACUCCUCCACUGGGAGACUCACCCAACUCAUUUUGAGGACUGAUAUUGCUUGCCUCCCCGAACCAUAUAUUAAUUACUCACAUUUUGUUGUCUUCAAAGAUUUGAACAACCUCGACUUGUCAUGGAAUGCCAUAUCCGGUUGUGUAGGGAAUCAAGCGCGGCUGGAAAAUCUGCAAGUCCUUGACAUGAGUUACAACUAUUUGGAUGCUGCUGGCAUUCUAUCUUGUUUGGAUGGGCUUUCAUCUCUUAAGUCUCUAUCUUUAAGAGGAAACAGGUUGAAUACAUCUUCAUUCCACGUUUUUGAAACUCUAUCUUCAAAGUUGCGUAAUCUGGAGGUCCUUAACAUAAGUAACAACUAUUUGACUAAUGACAUCCUGCCAUCCCUCGGGGGAUUCACAUCUUUGAAAGAGCUGAAUUUGGCUGGAAUUCAAUUGGACUCAGAUCUUCAUAUUCAAGGUUUAUGCUCAUUGUUAAGGAAUCUUGAGGUUCUUGACCUAUCUAAUAACAAUUACAACCACAUUGAUAUUGGAUAUGCACUCAGCAGACUUUCAUCUCUCAAAUCUUUAAAUUUAGGAUAUAAUCAAUUGACUUCGAGAUCAAUUUUUAAUAUAUCAAAAUUGAGUUCUUUGGAAAUCCUUGAUUUAUCCUACAACAACUUCAACCACAUUAAUAUUGGAUCUGCACUCAGCGGACUUUCAUCCCUCAAAUCUUUAAAUUUAGGAUAUAAUCAAUUGACUUCAAGAUCAAUUUUUAAUAUAUCAAAAUUGAGUUCUUUGGAGAUCCUUGAUUUGUUCUACAACAACUUCAACGACACUGAUAUUGGAUUUGCUCUGAGCGGACUUUCAUCCCUCAAAUCUUUAAAUUUAGGAUAUAAUCAAUUGACUUCAAGCUCAAUUUUCAGACUAUCAGGUUUGAUUAGCUUGGAGAUUCUUGAUCUUCGUUUUAAUAAUAUCAGUGAUUUUGCGGUCCAUCAAGGCUCAAAAGGUCUAGGUAGAUUGGAUGCCCUAUAUUUAGAUGGGAAUAUGAUAGAUGGAAGCAAGCUAAGAAACUCGUUGCGAGCUUUUUCAUCUGUUAGGAUGCUUUCAAUGAGUGAAAAUGAAUUUAAAGGAACAAUUGUUGCUGGAGAUUUUCAUGAUUUAAGUAACCUAGAACAUUUGACAAUGGAUUACAGUAAUAACUUGAAGAAUGAAUUUUUCAAAAGUAUUGGAGAAUUGACAUCUUUAAAAGUUUUGUCUCUUCGUUAUUGCAAUAUAAAUGACACCCUUCCUCCUGCAGAUUGGUCAAAGCUAAAGAAGAUAGAGGAGUUAGAUUUAUCCGGCAACGAAUUUGAGGGACCACUUCCCUCGUCUUUUGUUAACAUGACAUCUCUUCGGGAGUUGGAAAUUUCUCAUAAUCACUUCAUUGGAAAUUUCGAUUCUAACAUUGCAAGCCUUACAUCACUUGAAUAUUUUGGUUUUACAGAAAACCAAUUUGAAGUUCCUGUUUCUUUCUCAACAUUUGCCAAUCAUUCAAAGAUCAAGUUGAUCGACGGUGGAGGAAACAGAUUCAUAUUGGACUCACAACAUAGUUUACCAACUUGGAUUCCAAAAUUUCAGUUACAAGAGCUUAGUGUGUCUUCAACAACUGAAACUAAGUCUCUUCCACUCCCCAAUUUUCUUCUAUACCAAAACAGUUUAAUCAGCCUAGACUUCAGUAGUUGGAAGUUGGAAGGAGACUUUCCUUAUUGGUUGUUGGAAAACAACACAAAAAUGACUGAAGCUCUGUUUAGAAAUUGCUCUUUCACUGGUACUUUCCAGCUACCAAUGCGUUCCCUUCCUAACUUAUCGAAAAUUGAUGUGUCUGACAAUAUCAUAGUUGGCCAAAUCCCUAGCAACAAUAUCAGUUCAAUUUAUCCAAAUUUGCAAUUUCUUAACUUGUCUAGAAACAACAUCCAAGGUUCAAUCCCUCGUGAGUUAGGCCAAAUGAACUCAUUGGAUUCAUUGGAUCUUUCUGACAAUCACUUGUCUAGAGAAAUACCAAAGGACAUAUUUGGAGUUGGUCACCGACUCAACUUCUUGAAACUAUCAAACAAUAAGCUUGAGGGACCUAUUUUGAAUAUCCCUAAUGGUUUGGAGACCUUGUUAUUGAACGAUAAUAGACUUACCGGUAGACUCCCAAGCAACAUUUUUAACGCAUCCAUCAUUUCAUUGGAUGUAAGCAAUAAUCAUUUGAUGGGAAAGAUUCCAAGCCUCGUAAAAAACUUUUCUGGAUUGAGGCAACUAUUUUUGUUCAAUAACCAUUUUGAAGGCUCAAUUCCGUUAGAAUUGGCGAAACUUGAAGAUCUAAAUUAUUUAGAUCUCUCGAAAAAUAACUUGACUGGUUCUGUUCCAUCUUUUGUAAAUCCUUCCUUGAGAUUUAUCCAUUUGAGCAACAAUCAUUUGAGAGGAUUACCCAAAAGAAUGUUCAAUGGAACAUCUUCCCUAGUGACACUAGAUCUUAGCUACAAUGAAAUAACUAAUAGUGUUCAGGAUAUCAUACAGGAACUUAAAUAUACACGGUUGAACAUUCUCCUUUUAAAAGGUAAUCACUUUAUUGGAGACAUACCAAAGCAGUUAUGCCAAUUGAUACACUUAAGCAUAUUAGACCUUUCUCAUAACAAUUUUUCUGGUGCAAUACCCAAUUGCUUGGGAAAAAUGUCUUUUGAGAAUAAGGAUCCUGAACGGUUUUUGGAAAGAUUGUCCGGUUGGGGUUCUACAGGCCAAAAUAAAAUUUUCCCAUCACAAUUACCAAAUGUGGAAGAGAAAGUAAAUUUCACUUCAAAGAAGAGAACCGACACUUACACAAGGAGCAUCCUUGCUUAUAUGUCUGGAAUUGACUUGUCCCACAAUAAACUGAAUGGGAAUAUCCCAUUUGAUCUUGGAAAUUUGACAAGAAUUCGAGCAUUGAACUUGUCUCAUAAUGAUUUGAUUGGGCAAAUUCCAGCUACAUUCUCCAAUUUGGUACAAACAGAGAGUUUAGACCUUUCAUUUAACAAGUUGAGUGGUCAAAUUCCUCCUCAACUGAGUAAGCUAACCUCCCUUGAAGUAUUCAGUGUGGCACACAACAACUUAUCGGGCACAACACCUGAAUGGAAAGGACAAUUUUCGACCUUUGAAAAUAGCAGCUAUGAAGGUAACCCCUUCCUUUGUGGACCUCCACUGUCAAAAAGUUGCAAUCCUCCACCUAGUAUUAUACCAAAUGAUUCACACACUCAUGUAGACGAUGGUAGUUUGGUGGACAUGUAUGUUUUCUAUGUGAGCUUUGCAGUGUCAUUCUCAGCAGCAUUGUUGGCAACAGCAAUAGCUUUAUACAUCAAUCCUUACUGCAGGCGAGCAUGGUUUUACUACAUGGAAUUGGUCUGCUCAAAUUGCUACUACUUUAUCGUGGACAGUUUCAGUAGGUUUUCAAAUUUUAGAAACAUGUAACAUAUGUACCUUGUAUAAUUGCUUAAGAGUGAUUCAAUAAAUAACUCAUGCAUGUUUUGCUUGAUAUAA